CAGUAGCUUUCUUUUCAAUGUAUUUUGUUUUAGAACAAGCAUCAUAUUUCGAAUCUUCCAAAGCACCUGUGAAAAAGAAAGCUGCAAUUCUAUUUCAAGAUAUGACACGGGAACAGUACAUAUUGGCCACACAACAAAAUAAUCUACGAGCAGAAAACACUCAGUUUUAUCCAGUUGGAAUUUAUGGAUGGCGGAAGAGGUGCUUGUACUUCUUUGUGCUACUACUGUUGGUUACCAUGAUUGUUAACUUAGCAAUGACAAUAUGGAUUUUGAAGGUUAUGAAUUUUACAGUGGAUGGCAUGGGAAAUUUAAGAAUUACCAAAAAAGGAAUACGACUGGAAGGUGUAUCUGAAUUUCUUCUUCCAUUGUAUGUGAAAGAAAUUCAGUCUAGAAAGGACAGUCCACUGGUGUUACAGUCAGACAGAAAUGUAACAGUGAAUGCAAGAAACCAGAACGGCCAUCUAACAGGUCAAAUGAUAGUAGGUGCAGAUGCUGUGGAAGCUCAGUGUAAAAGAUUUGAAGUUAGGUCAAAUGAGGAUGGGAGGAUGCUGUUUUCAGCUGAUGAGGAGGAAAUCACUAUUGGUGCUGACAGACUCAGAGUCACAGGAACAGAGGGAGCUGUAUUUGGCCAUUCAGUGGAAACACCACAUAUACGAGCUGGACCUUCACAAGACCUCAGACUUGAAUCUCCAACAAGGUCACUAACAAUGGAGGCACCAAAGGGAGUACAAAUGAGUGCUGUAGCUGGAGAAUUUAGAGCCAGCUGUAGAAAAGAGCUUCAUUUACAGUCUACAGAUGGAGAGAUAUUUUUAGAUGCAGACAGCAUCAGAUUAGCAAAUUUACCACAAGGCUCUUUUACACCUUCAUCUCCAAGCUCAGUAGGCCCUCGACAGACUGUCUAUGAGCUGUGUGUUUGUCCUAAUGGCAAACUCUACCUUUCUCCAGCAGGAGCUAGUUCCACAUGUCAAUCCAGUAGCAACAUCUGUUUGUGGAGCUGA